AUGGCUGCACACGAGCUGACAUUUCCUGGCCAUUUGGCCCUUCCCGAUAUUCAGGCGUAUAGACAGUUUUCCAAACACUCUCGUCUCCCCUUGAAUUCUCCCUCUUACUUCCGAAAUGUUUCUAAAGUGAAAUUGGAUGGUAUUGACGGGCGCUUAAAUCCGGAAUCCUUCUUCUUCAAAUCAAGAUCUGCUGGCAAACGCAAACUUACUGCCUCCUCUCUAGCCGACGGUGUAUUCGAGUUCCCAACUUUAGAUAUUUCCCCUAAUGAACUGGCCAUUGAAUCGUACAUGCGAAAAAAUGGAGUGAAAACUCAAUUCGUGGUGGACAAAAAACACUCGAAUGAAGGAUCAUUCGGCUCCCUUAUGCCCGAACCAUCAAUUCGUACCUGGCGAAUGACACAUGAGAUAGUUGAUAGCCUACUUGAAGGCAAACUAACCUGGAGUCAAAUUAAAUCAAAUUACCUUGGUCAGGAACCAAAUCAGAAGGAAAUCGAACUAUUUUGUCAGCUUUCACCUGUACAGAAACGAACUCUUCAUUUUAGUGCUUCGAAAUUGGGAUUCCUUGUUUCUUCAAAAUGGUCCAGCACUAAAAAAGAAAUUAUUGAUAGAUGGGGCGUUAGAAGAAACAUGGAUGGCCCAUUUUGGCCACUUGGAUUGGGACCCCUGGGACCUUCCCCGAAUUUGCGAGAUGGAAGCAAAUUUUUGGAAAAAAAUAAGAGCAGACAGGCUGGGGAUAAAGUUCCUUCAAAGCUGGAACACUUAUUUGCUAAAAGAUCAUCCGCAGAUGGAGAAGUUAAUGUGGCCCUGAAGAGACCAAUUGUGGUUUUUGAUUCCGAGUUGAGCCCAUCAAUGGAGGUUAGGAUGAGACAUGCAGCACUUUUAAAAGACGAUAGUGAAUUGAUAUUUGAAUCGAGAUUUGAGUCUGGAAAUUUGAGGCAAGCUAGAAGAAUCGGCACAUUUGAGUACGAAUUGAUUUUGACACCAGAUCUAGUAACUGAAUCCCACGUGCAAUGGUUCUUCUUUCAAGUUGCCGGGGCUCGAUCAGGAGUUGAAUAUACCCUUAGAAUUGUCAACUUACUCAAGGCAAAGAGACUGAUUAAAAUUGAUAUUCCAGAUAAUCAGAAGUAUGCAGCAGUCAUAACAGCCAGAGUUCAUCCUGGUGAGACAGUGGGUUCAUGGAAUAUGAAGGGUCUGAUGGAAUUCCUGGUGAAUCCAGAGGGCGAAAAGGCGCGGGAGCUACGUCGCAGAUAUGUGUUCAAGUUGGUUCCCAUGCUAAAUGCAGACGGCGUUAUUGUUGGAAAUUACAGAUGUUCGCUGGUUGGUCGAGAUGUUAAUAGAACCUAUAAUAUAUUCGGACCAGAUCAAAUUCCCGAGGUUCACUUUACUCGAAAACUUGUGCAGUACUGCCAAGAAAUUUGCAAAGACGUUGUGUUUUGCGACUUUCAUGGACACAGUCAGGCACACAAUGCAUUCAUCUACGGAACUGAUUCGGGUUAUCGAUCAAUUCCUGUCGAAAACACAACAGUACAGCCAAAAACUUACCUCACUAACCCAGAACAGUACUUGAUCGACCGUAUGAUCCCCUUCCUGAUUAGUAAGCAGGAUCCUAGACGGUUUUCAUUUCGAAGUUGCCGAUUUUCCCUUCAACCUUGGCGUGAAGGAUGUGCUCGAAUUAGCCUAUGGAGAAGAUUUAAUUUAACCCAUUGCUUCACUAUGGAAACAUCUUUAUUUGGAACUAAUUUAGAACCCAGCUCCACUUUCCGCUACUUUGAUCGGAAUGAUCUGCAGAAUCUCGGUCAAAGUGUCGGUUUGGCUCUACUAGACUUUCACAAAAUCAUGAAUGAUAAAACCAAAUUUUCAGAUACUUUAGUAGAAAUGGGUAAAUCCUUGUUCCAUGAGAUAAUUCUCAGCAGGAUUUUAUCUAAGCGUCAAUUGUCUAUAGCUCAAAAGCAAUUGGAAAACACAAGUCAAUCGGUAAAUAAUGAUAACUUGGAAAAACAAAUAUCGUCCGUGGCUGAUUUUGUUAGUGCAUUCAAUGAAGUUGGGGGGUUGCUCGAAGAAGGCGAUGAAGAGGAAAGUAGCAGUGCCUCAGAUGUGAGUUCAUUGGCAGAUCUUGAGUUUGGUCAUGAAGAUGAUAAGGACAUUUUGAAUCUGAGUGCAAAGUCGGAUGUUAAACUAAAACGGAAUCGACGUCGCAAGCGUCGAAAGCGUAGAAAAUGUCGUAGACGAAGAAAGAAUAGACGUCGACGUUUGGCAAUCUUGAAUAAUACUUCUAAUAAUGCUAUCAAGGUUUGUAUUGCUACUAUUUAA